AUGGCGGCGAAUACUCAAGGAGGUGGAGGUGCUCACUCGCAACCAUCCCUUCCUGCUCUCCCAGCUCAUCUCCAGUCCGACACGCAUCUUACCGCACAUCUCGCUAGUCGAUUCCACGUUUCUCUGCCUACUGCUCAGCUUUCCUCCCACGCCUUGAUAUCACUUAAUACAUAUGCCUCCUCAACCAAAGGUCCAAAUGGAGCGAAGGAGGGAUCGGCUAUGGGGGGAGCCGAGGAACUUGCUGACCGGGCGUUUACAAGACUUGGAGCACGAUCAGAGAACCAGGCAGUACUUUUCCUUGGAGAAUCCGGAUCAGGAAAAACCACUGUUCGCUCGCAUCUUCUUUCGGCACUCUUGAGCAAAUCUUCCACUCCUCUAUCAACGAAACUUUCACUCGCUGCAUACGUUUUUGAUACAUUGACCACGACAAAGACAGCAACUACUCCCACAGCGUCGAAAGCGGGUCUCUUUUUCGAGCUUCAAUACGAAACCGCUUCGAGUACGAAUCCAACCCUCAUUGGUGGUAAGGUAUUGGAUCACAGAUUAGAAAGAAGCCGAGUGGCAUCGGUACCCACUGGAGAGCGAAAUUUCCACGUGUUAUACUAUUUACUAGCUGGUACCAGUGCUGCUGAAAAGUCCCAUCUUGGGUUGGAUACUCUCGGAGCCCUCGCGCACGCCACGCCCGGGACCAAUGUUAGGAAUUCUGUUGGUUCUCAGCAGAAGAGAUGGAGAUAUCUUGGGCACCCAACUCAACUCAAGGUCGGUAUCAACGAUGCCGAGGGAUUUCAGCUCUUCAAGACUGCCUUGAGGAAGUUGGAGUUUCCGCGCAGUGAGAUUGCCGAGAUUUGCCAGGUUAUGGCAAGUAUCCUGCACAUCGGUCAACUUGAGUUCGAAACAAGUUCGGACACCACUGCUACAGGCGAUGAUAGUGGUGGAUUCUCCCAUGAAGGGGCUCAGACGUAUACGGCAGUUAAAAACAAGGACGUUCUUGGUAUGAUUGCUGCGUUCUUGGGGGUUGGGGCAGCCGAUCUUCAGACGACUCUAGGAUACAAGACCAAGAUCUUGCAGCGAGAGCGCGUGACAGUCAUGUUGGAUCCCAAGGGUGCCAGAGACAAUGCCGACGAGCUAGCACGGACACUCUAUUCUCUUCUCGUGGCCUAUGUCAUUGAAAGCAUCAACCAGAGACUUUGUGCUGUAGAAGAUACCGUUGGAAACACAAUCUCUAUUAUCGAUUUCCCAGGAUUUGCCCAACAACGAUCGACCGAUUCUACACUGGACCAGCUUCUGAAUAAUGCAGCUACGGAGUCUCUGUACAACUUCACCCUACAAAGUUUCUUUGAAGGGAAAGCAGAAAUGCUGGAAAGUGAAGAGGUUAGCGUGCCAGCGACAAGCUAUUUCGACAACUCCGACGCUGUCAAGGGCCUUCUCAAGCACGGAAAUGGAUUGCUUAGCAUUUUGGAUGACCAGACGAAGCGUAACCGGACAGAUAUGCAGUUGCUCGAAAGUCUCCGUAAACGAUUCGAGGGUAAAAAUCCUUCCAUUGCAGUCGGAAGUGCAACAGCAAAGCUUCCUGGAAGCAAUUUUGCUACUCACAACGCAUCUGCAUCUUUUGCUGUCAGGCAUUUCGCUGGCGAGGUGGACUAUCUUGUUGGCGGAUUGGUUGAAGAGAAUGGAGAGGUUAUUUCUGGCGAUCUAAUGAAUCUGAUUUCCUCCACCAAGAGCAAUUUCGUUGGGCAAUUGUUCGGACAGGAGGCACUUCAAACCACCGUUCAUCCUCAAGAAAAAACAACAAUUAUGCAAGCUCAGGUCAGCUCGAAGCCGCUAAGAAAGCCAAGUGUUAUUCGACGGAAAGGCGAACGACCAAAUAGAUUUGGUGGACGAGACAAGCAGCCGUUUGGAGACUCUAGUGAAGAUCUCCCUGAUGCAGUGGAGGCAGACAACGGACGAAGGGCAAAGAAUCUCGACCAAGGCGCAGCCGGACAGUUUCUCUCGUCACUCGACAACGUCACUAAGUCUCUCGCGGCUUCAAACGCCAAUCCAUAUUUUGUGUUCUGCCUCAAGCCAAAUGAUCGACGCAUUGCAAAUCAGUUCGAUAGCAAAUGUGUACGUACUCAAAUUCAGACUUUUGGCAUCGCAGAAAUCAGCCAGCGCUUGCGAAAUGCUGAUUUCAGCCUUUUCCUUCCUUUCGGAGAAUUUUUGGGCCUAGCGGACGCCGACACAGUGCUCAUUGGCAGCGAGAGGGAGAAAGCCGAAAUGAUUGUAGAUGAAAAGAGGUGGCCAGGAAACGAAGCCAGGAUUGGUGCUACAGGCGUCUUUCUAAGUGAGAGAUGCUGGUCGGAGAUCGCAAGAUUGGGUGAAAGAGGCUACACUGCUGGACGAUACCCCACGUCUUCAGAGGUUGGAGAUGAUGGUCUUCUUACUCCAGCUGAUGGCACGUACAGCUCUGGCAAGGAGCGUCUUCUCGCACCCGGAACACCCUCACCGGGCGCCUACAUAUAUGGCGGCGACAAGAAAUCAGGUUACUUCGGUAGUGCAGACGUCGACUCCAGAUCAGAAGCCGGAGCGUCUGCUCUUGGCCAAGGCGAUAUGUUCCGGAAUCUCGAUACUAGGGAACAAAUGGCCGAGAAAGGCAACGAAAAAGUCAUGACUGAGGUCGAAGAAGUUAAAGUCAGCGCUUCUCGUAAGCGAUGGGUCGCACUGACUUGGAUGAUGACUUGGUUAAUACCAGACUUCCUCAUCCGUAUUCUCGGAAAGAUGCCUAGAAAAGAUGUUCGAAUGGCCUGGAGAGAAAAGUUGGCCAUCAACAUCAUGAUCUGGUUCUCUUGUCUCUUCGCUGCCUUUUUCAUCGUGGUAUUCCCCAUGUUGAUUUGCCCCAAGCAAGAUGUCUUCAGCGCCGCGGAGUUGUCUUCUUUUGACGGAAAAGAUGGGAGCCGAGCCUACGUUGCUAUUCGUGGUCAAGUCUUCGAUCUGUCCGCCUUCCAACCAGUUCAUUAUCCAAAAAUAAUCCCUGCCAAAUCUAUCCUCGCCUACGCUGGACUCGACGCAACAUCCCUCUUCCCAGUUCAAGUCUCCGCACUCUGUGGUGGCGUGGACGGAACUGUUAAUGAUCUAGUAACCCUUGACUAUGCCAGCACAAACACUUCUGGAUCCGCCAAUGUUAUCAGUACAACGGACACCAAUUGGAGGUACCAUGAUUUCAGAGCCUUCCACAAGGACAGCCGAAAGGAUUGGUGGUACGAGCAGCUUGUCAUGCUAAAAUCGAAUUAUAAGAAAGGCAAUAUCGGCUACACACCGAAGUAUGUCAAGACACUUGCCUCAAAGCAACAGUCAAUUGCCAUCCUUAAUGGCAAAGUCUAUGAUUUUACCAAGUACGUUGCUGGCGGUCGCAGAGUACAACCGAUGGAUGGAACUACUGAAGUCCCCACUGAUAUCGAUCCUAACUUCAUGGAUCCUCAAGUAGUCAACCUGUUCCAAAUCAGGGCCGGCCAGGAUGUGACCAAGUACUGGCUUGCCCUAGAUAUUGAUCAAGGCCUGAGGAACCGUAUGGAUCAAUGCUUAGAGAACCUUUUCUACGUCGGAAACGUCGACACUAGAAAUUCAGUCCGGUGUCAAUUUUCCGAGUAUUUGAUCUUGGCCAUAUCUAUCAUACUUUGCAGUGUCAUCGGGUUCAAGUUUUUUGCAGCACUCCAGUUUGGUGGAAAGAACGUUCCCGAGAAUCUCGAUAAAUUCGUCAUCUGUCAGAUUCCUGUUUAUACGGAAGACGAGGACUCUGUGCGCCGAGCUUUAGAUUCAGCGGCACGAAUGAAGUAUGACGACAAACGUAAACUCAUUGUUGUUAUUUGCGACGGUAUGAUUAUUGGCCAAGGCAACGACCGCCCAACUCCCCGUAUUGUAUUGGACAUUCUCGGCGUUUCUGACACUGUGGAUCCGGAACCAUUGAGCUUCGAGUCCCUUGGCGAAGGUAUGAAGCAACACAAUAUGGGAAAGGUAUAUUCUGGUCUCUACGAGGUUCAAGGCCACAUUGUGCCAUUUAUGGUUGUCGUCAAGGUCGGAAAGCCAUCUGAGGUUUCCCGUCCGGGUAACCGAGGAAAGCGUGAUUCUCAAAUGGUCAUGAUGAGGUUCCUAAACCGAGUCCACUAUAACGCUGCCAUGAGUCCUCUGGAGCUGGAGAUGUAUCACCAAAUCCGGAACAUCAUUGGUGUCAACCCGACUUUCUAUGAAUUUAUGCUGCAAAUCGACGCCGACACUGUUGUGGCUCCUGAUUCAGCUGCUCGUAUGGUGUCAGCUUUCAUCGACGAUACUAGACUGAUAGCUUGCUGCGGAGAAACAGCUUUAUCUAACGCCAAAUCAUCCUAUGUCACUAUGAUUCAAGUCUACGAAUACUACAUCUCCCACAACCUCGCUAAAGCAUUCGAAAGUCUGUUUGGCAGUGUCACUUGUUUACCAGGUUGUUUCACCAUGUAUCGGGUUCGCGCGGCAGAAUCUGGGAAGCCACUCUUCGUGAGCAACGAAGUUGUCAAUGCCUACGCAUGCAUUCGUGUAGACACGCUUCACAUGAAGAAUCUGCUCCAUCUGGGUGAAGAUCGUUAUCUGACAACUUUACUUCUCAAGAAUCACUCCAAGUAUAAGACGAAAUACCUCUUCGGCGCUCACGCAUGGACUAUCGCGCCCGACACCUGGUCUAUUUUCUUGUCGCAACGUCGUCGCUGGAUUAACUCCACUGUCCACAACUUGAUGGAACUCAUUCCCAUGUCGCAGCUUUGCGGUUUCUGUUGUUUCAGUAUGAGGUUCAUCGUCUUCAUCGAUUUACUUUCUACACUCGUCCAGCCGGUUACACUCGCUUACAUCAUCUACCUGAUUGUGCGUGUGGUGCAAAAUCCUAGUGUUGUUCCAGUUACUGCGUUCAUCUUGCUGGGAGCAAUUUACGGUCUCCAAGCCAUUAUUUUCAUCCUUCGCCGGAAAUGGGAGAUGAUCGGUUGGAUGAUAUUGUAUAUUCUGGCCAUCCCCGUCUUCUCUUUCGCUCUCCCACUCUACAGUUUCUGGAAUAUGGAUGAUUUCUCCUGGGGUAAUACUCGUGUUGUCACCGGAGAGAAGGGCAAGAAGGUUCUUGUUACGGAUGAAGGCAAGUUCGACCCAGCCUCUAUUCCCCACAAGAAGUGGGAAGAGUAUCAGGCCGAGCUUUGGGAAGCGCAGACUCAACGAGACGAUCGCUCCGAGGUUUCGGGCUACUCGUAUGGUACGAAACACGCUGCCGCCGUAUCUGAAUACGGCUUCCCACCUUCUGCUCCAAUGUCGCAGAUGGGAGGAUACUAUCCAUACGAUGUCAAGAACCCUUACAUGUACAACUCGCAAUCACGCAUGUCAAUGGCACCAUCGGAGCAUCUUACGCCUGGCGAUCACCGAAGUCAGUAUGGUGGUAGCCAAUAUGGUGGUAACCAAGAAGUUGAGCUUGCGAACCUCGUAGGCUUACCUAGCGACGAUGCUCUCCUUGCUGAGAUCAGAGAGAUCCUUAAGACAGCCGAUCUGAUGACGGUCACUAAGAAGAGUAUCAAGUUAGAGUUGGAGAAGAGAUUUGCUGUUCCUCUUGAUUCUAAGAGAGCGUACAUUAACUCUGCCACUGAAGCGCUCCUUUCAGGCCAGCUGUAG